GUGCGGUAACUACACGACACAUGGCUAUCAAUCUUGGCAUUUCGUAUAGAUCACCCAUACUACAAAUACUUAUGGCAAUAGUAACUAGUAGAACACAGUAGAAUUCCAUGUUUAACAAGCUCAAAGCCAAGAAACCACCCUUGUCAUUGAGUCAGGUAUCGAAUGUGAUCAAAACCUCCGGAUCUAAGGAAUUAUCACCGGAGGAGAUCAAAGCUAAGUACAUUAAACUUAGUACUAUAGCUCAAGCUGGACUUCCACCUAAUUCUAUCCUUGCUAUAGGUUUCGAUCCUGUUCAAUCAUUAUUAGCAGUAUCCACCAAGACCAAUGAAGUUCGAGUGUUUGGUCAACAAUCAGUUGAAGUAGUCAUUGAAUUUAGUUCAACUAGUCCAAUUACUCACCUUCGAUUUGUUAAAGGUAUUUAUUUAGUAGCAAUUUCUGCAUCAAUUGGUUCAAUAAUUAUCUUAUCAUUAAAAUCAAAACAAAUUCUUGGUAAAUAUAGUGUUCAAGGAGGUAUAAUAUCUAUAGAAACUGACCCUAGUUUAGAUUGGUUAAUUUUAGGAUUAAGUAAUGGAUCAUUAUUCUUUUAUGAUAUUGAUAGAUUAUCUAUAACUCCUUAUAGAAUUGAUAAUUUACAAAAGAAAAUUCUUCCUAAAAUAAAAAUGUCAUCAGUACUUGAUAUUAAAUGGCAUCCACGAGAUUUAGGUACUAUAAUGGUAACUUAUUCUCAUUCAGUUAUAAUUUAUUCUUUAUCUUCAGGACAAAUUAAAAAUUCAUUUAUUUAUCAAUUAUCUAAAGGUGAUAAGGGAUUUGAUACAGCUAUGGCUAUAGAUUCUAAUGGGAAAAAGAGUUUAUUUGGUUCACCUAAAGAAGUAAUUCCUGAAUUAAUUCAAUCUCAUUUUCAUCCUAAUGGUUUACAUAUAGUUACAGUUCAUAAAGAUAAUUCUCUUGUAUUUUGGGAUGCUACAACCGGUACAUUAUUAGAAGCUAGAAAUAUUUUUGAUAUUAAUUUACAUAAACCUGGUCCACCUAUAGUAUUAUCAGAAAAUUUUACUCCUAUAACUUCAGUAAAAUGGAUUUGUGGAUCAGAUCCUGAAUAUACUCAAUUAGUAAUUAGUGGAGGUGAUGUUAAAGCAAAUAAUUUAUUACAUGUACUUGAUUUUGGUUAUACUCUUAAAUAUUCAUUAACUUCACAUGAAAAGCAAGGAGAAUUCUAUGCAAAUCCUCAAUCUGGUCAAAGAAUUCUUCCUGUUACACUUAAUGAUAGUAAAACUCCUGGUACUGAGAUUAUUACCGAAAUAUUCCCCUUACCAAAUGAGAAUCAACCAUAUUUUAGUGGAACUCAUGAUCCAACUCAUUUAUUACUUUUAAGUAAUAUUGGAGCUAUAUAUAUUGUAGAAUUCUCAUCAAUUGGAGGAGCUCAAGGAAGUUCUGAUUUUUCAGAUUUAUUAAUUCCUCCAUCACUUUCUUCUGUUAUUCCUCCAGUAAAGUUCUCAAAAAUUCAAUCAGUUAAAAGAAUUGAAUGGUAUAGUAUAAUGUCAAGUCGUGUUAAUAGUGGAUCUACUGCUAGAGUUAAACAAUUAUUACGUGGAGGUGAACCAGCUCAACGUCGAAAUACUCCUAGACCAAUUGGAUUUAAUGCUGAUUAUAGAAGUAUUUUAAUUACUGGUCAUGAAAAAGGUUUAGUAAGAUUAUUAGAUAUUUCAAGAGGUGAACACCAAGAACCAGAAAGAAUUGUUCAAAUUAGUUUAAAGGAUACUUUAUAUGAUUUUGGUAAUCCUCAAAGUUUAAAAGUUUUAAAUGUAUCAUGUGCAUUUGAGAGUCGAGAAUUAAUUGUAGCUCUUGCUAAUGGUGAUGUUGUACUUUGUAAAUUUGGUAAAGUUAAUGGAAUUAGUUCUCAAGGUAGUUUUACUAAUAAAAGUUAUUCAGAUUGUGAUACUCUUCAUUCUAAUGGAGAUGCUAAAAUUAUUGAUCUUAGUGAAAGAAUUCUGAGAUCUUUUGCUCUGUCAACAAAUUUUCUUCCAGUUGGAUUAAUUGAAUUAAAUCAAAGAGAACCUAUUACUGCAUUAAAACAUAGUGAUAUUGGAUUUGCUGCUAUAGGUUAUAAAUCAGGAAAAUUAAUUGUAACUGAUGUAACUCGAGGUCCAGCCAUUAUAUUUAAUAGUAAUAUUAAUGAUCUUUUAAUUUCUCAAACUAGUCUGUGUUAUAUUACUAGUAUUGAAUUUGCUAUACAAGAAUAUGGUCAAGAUGGUUAUUCAUCAAUUUUAUUAUAUGUUGGUACUAAUAAUGGAGGUAAUUUAAUGAUUUUUAAAGUUAUUCCCUUAGGAAAUGGAGGUUAUGAUGUUGUAUUUACUGAUAAAAGUAUUGGACUUAAUUAUAAGCAUAAUGGAUCAGAAGGUGAAUCUAAAAUUGAUCAAAUCAUUCCCAUUGGAUCUACUGAUGGAAUUUCAUCUAUUGCAUCAUUAGAUAAAUUUAAUAAAUUAAGUCAAGGCAUUGUAGUACCUGGAUAUAUUAUUACUACAUCUACUAGAGAUAUUAGAGUAUUAAAAGUUCCUAAAGUUAAACUUGCUCAUAGAGUAAUUGAAGAUACAUGUUUAUGUUGUGGUGUAAUCAAUUAUCAAAAUCAAGGUGUAGUACUUUGUAUUUUAACCAAAUCUGGAUACCUUAGAUUCUGUUCCUUACCAUCUUUAAAAGAAAUUUGUGAUACUCAAAUUCCUACCGAACUCUUUAAGAAAAUUCAAGCCACUCUUAAUCGAGCUGAAAGUGGAGAUGCAGAUGUAUUAUGGGAUGGAGAAUUAUUCAUUAGAACAUGUCAAUCUGAAUUUUAUCAUCUUUAUAUCCAUAAUCUGGAUUCUAAGAAAUCAGUUGAUACUUCAGUUACUGAUAUAUUAUUUAAUGAAAAUGCCAUUAUACCUCCAAGACCAACAGCUGGAGCUUUACUGUGGGCUAAAGGUCAAACUGGUUAUGUCACUUCUAAGGAUUUAUCACUUCUUAUAGCUGGUCCUAAUCGAAAGGAACCUAAAUUUGAAGAGAGUAGAUUGGCUUAUAAUAUUAGUCCUGAAGCUAAUCCAAAUCAAUCAUUUGGUGCUUAUGCUACUCCUACAUCAAAUGAUAGAGGUUAUAAACCACCGGUAAGAAAAGCUACUGCAGGUAGUACCGGAUCUUUAGGAACUCCUGGAUUUAUGAGAAGUUUUAGAGAAGGUUUAGAAUCGGUAGAAGAAACUUUUAACUCCUAUGCCAAUACUGCCAGUGAGAGUAUGACUCAAACUAUUGAAGAUCAGAAAAAGUCGAUGUACUCAGCCGCAUUCAAGCAAAAGUUUGGCUUUUAAUAGAUUAUAUAUGAUUAUAUAUAAUUAAUAUAAUUACUGUCGUGCACACGACUUUACCGCCGCAGAUAACUCUAGUUUGCAACUAUGUAACAGAUAAGCUACAACUAUGUAACAGAGUAUUCUACUACAUAACCUAUACUUAGUACUUAUACA